GGAGACAUGUGCUGAGAGAGAGACAGACAGCGCGCUGUGGAGGCAGGACCGCUCGUCUUUAGGUAGGAAAGACAGAAAAUGUCAUUUCGCACUUGUGAGAGCGUCGUCGGUCUGUGAGGAGCAGCAAGUUGUUGACGCGCAGAAGCGACAUUUAAAGCGCCACGGCAUCAACUUUGCGCGUGAUGCGGCGCGUGCGGGUUCAGCAUCGCGUCUGUGAGAGCGCCGCGAGACCGCAACCGAGAUAACUUUCACACGGCAGUUCGUCACGGAAGUCUAGGCUACUUUUCCCUCUCACUGACUGCUGAUAAAGAAGACCGACUCGCUUCAGGUGGCUUCAGAGAGAGGAGACGCACGGACCGCGCGCGCGAGUGUGGAGUACCAGCAGGAUUUUAGAGCGCGUACGUUCGCCUGAAUGGAUGCUAACGAUCUGGCCACUUUUUACGAGUCUGAGAAAAGUUUUUGAAAGCGGUUGGAAGGAAGAAUGGAUGCGAAAAGCGAGCGGUAUUGUAGUUUGACACGCAGCGCGAUCGUCAUGGAAACAUCUCAAGCUAUGGAGGUCGAGAUGCUGGAUGGAUCCUCCGUGAGAAGUUCAUUCGCUGAGCUUUGACUUUACUUUUAUUCCUUCGCAGAAGAAUGUGAUGCGUGUGAAUAAGACUCACCCACACGUGAUCGUUCUUCUUAAGCGCACCUGUUACUAUUAACCGAGCUUGUAUUUCCUCCCCGUUUGCGUUGACAUUAUGGACAAGAACUCUAUUGCGUAUCAGAUGGAGUUGACGCUUUUCAUGGUCGUCCUCCUGUUUUGGGUCACCGUGUGUGCGGAUGACAGUAAGCUCAUUUCAGACCGGUAUGCGGUGUACUGGAACAGCACGAAUCCCAGAUUCUUGCAUGGUGAAUACACAGUGGAGGUGGCCAUCAACGACUACCUGGACAUCUACUGUCCGCACUACGAGGACCAUCUUCCUCAGGAGCGCAUGGAGCACUACAUCCUUUUCAUGGUCAACUAUGACGGCUACACCACCUGCAACCACCACAUGAAAGGCUUCAAGCGCUGGGAAUGCAACCGCCCAAUGAGUCCGAAUGGGCCCCUCAAGUUCUCAGAGAAGUUCCAGCUGUUCACACCCUUCUCUCUGGGCUUCGAGUUCCGCCCAGGCCACGAAUACUACUACAUCUCCUCUCCACACCCUAACCUCGGUGGGAAGCCGUGUUUGAAGCUGAAGGUGUACGUCAAGCCUACCACCUCUCCACACCCUAACCUCGGUGGGAAGCCGUGUUUGAAGCUGAAGGUGUACGUCAAGCCUACCAACCUGCUCAGCAUCAAGAAGGACUUCAACCUGGAAAAUGGUCAGAAGUAA